UGACUGAGGCAGUGUAUGCGUUUUGUAUUUGUAUGUGUAUGACUAUCAUGCUUAGGAGACAAAGAAUCAGACAUAUACCUUACAAAAUGGAUUUUAUUGCUAAGAGAUCUUACCUAAAGAGAAUGAUGUCCAGCAGUGAUGUAGCAUGUUACAACUUACUUAGAAUGCAUAGAUCAACAUUUGAUAAGUUGUGUUCUAUGCUAACGGAUGUGGGUGGUCUUAAACCUAGUAAGAACAUGCUUGUAGAUGAACAAGUUGCCAUGUUUUUACACAUACUAGCACAUCAUGUGAAGAAUAGAGUAAUACAACAUAACUUUGGUAGAUCGGGAGAAACUAUUAGUAGGCAUUUCAACUCAGUACUUACUAAUAUGAUGAGACUUGGAGAUAUGUUGUUGAAGAAACCAGAGCCAGUGGCCGAUGACUCUAACGACGAAAGGUGGAAGUGGUUUAAGAGUUGUUUAGGCGCCUUGGAUGGAACUCACAUCAAGUUAAGAGUUCCUUCUCUCGACAAGGCAAGAUACCGAAAUAGGAAAGGAGAGAUAACUACAAAUGUGUUGGGUGUUUGCUCACAAGAUGGUUUCUUUAUAUAUGUUUUGCCUAGGUGGGAAGGGUCUGCAGCAGAUGGACGGGUUCUUCGUGAUGCCAUAAGUAGAAGGAAUGGCUUAAGAGUUCCACAAGGUCACUAUUACUUGGUUGAUGCUGGGUACACCAACUGUGAGGGAUUUCUUGCACCGUAUAGAGGGCAAAGAUACCAUUUAAGUGAAUGGAGAGAAGGGCGACAUUCUAGAAGUGCACAAGAGUGCUUUAAUAUGAGACACUCUUCUGCACGAAAUGUAAUUGAGCGGUGCUUUGGUAUUUUGAAGUUAAGGUGGGCUAUACUAAGAAGUGCAUCAUUUUAUCCCAUUCAAACACAAAACUGA